CUCUUCUUGAUUCAUCACAUUUCUAGUUCAUGACAAGUGAUCUCUAACAGAUCUGAUUCUUCUUACUCCUCUUAAUUGAUAAUUUUUCGUAAUUUGAAUUAAACAACGAGAUAGUGAUGAGUAUUUUUUUUGCAUGAUCUGGGUUUUAAUUUUUCAUUCCCCUUCUUUUAACGAAAGUAAACAGUUUUAAUAAGAAAAACACAAUACCUUACAUGCAUUUUUUUUUUACGCAUCCUUGCUUAAAGCUUUUUGCUUUCUUCUUUUUCUCCUCCUCAAAAAGAGUAAAAAGUAGCCUUAAAUAAUCUUUUUGCGAUGUGAUUUGUCCUUUUGUUUAUAAUUUGGUUUUGAAGAUUCGUAAAACCAUAAACAAUUUUUUGAAACAGAAAUGGAGUUACAGAACGAGGACAAGAACAAAGAAGAAGAGAAAAGGACAAAGAAGAAGUGGCAGAAGAGUUACUUCGAUGUCUUGGGAAUCUGCUGUACAUCGGAGGUUCCUCUGAUCGAGAAUAUUCUGAAGUCUCUCGAGGGCGUUAAGGAGUAUUCCGUGAUUGUCCCGUCGAGAACCGUGAUCGUUGUCCAUGACAGCCUCCUCAUCUCUCCGUUCCAAAUUGCUAAGGCCUUGAACCAAGCUAAGUUAGAAGCAAACGUGAAAGUGGACGGGAAAACCAACUUCAAGAAUAAAUGGCCAAGCCCUUUCGCGUUGGCUUCCGGCAUACUCCUCCUUCUUUCCUUUUUAAAGUUUGUAUACCUGCCUCUCGGUUGGCUAGCUGUCGCAGCCGUCGCCGCUGGUAUUUAUCCGAUUCUUGCAAAAGCCGUGGCUUCUACAUUAGCGUGUAGGGUCGACAUCAACAUCCUAGUCAUUAUAACCGUGGCAGCAACACUUGCAAUGCAAGACUACAUGGAGGCUGCAGCAGUUGUGUUCUUAUUCACCAUAGCCGAAUGGCUUGAAACAAGAGCUAGCUACAAGGCAACCGCGGUAAUGCAGUCUUUGAUGAGCUUAGCUCCACAAAAGGCAAUAAUAGCAGAGACUGGGGAAGAAGUUGAAGUAGAUGAGGUUAAGGUUAACACCAUUGUAGCAGUAAAAGCAGGAGAAACCAUACCUAUUGAUGGUAUUGUGGUGGAUGGGAACUGUGAAGUAGACGAGAAAACCUUAACCGGAGAAGCAUAUCCUGUUCCUAAACAGAGAGAUUCCACGGUUUGGGCUGGAACCAUCAAUCUAAAUGGUUAUAUAAGUGUGAAAACUACUUCUUUAGCCAGUGAUUGUGUGGUUGCAAAGAUGGCUAAGCUGGUGGAAGAGGCUCAGAGCAGUAAAACAAAAUCUCAAAGACUAAUAGACAAAUGUUCUAAGUUCUAUACUCCAGCAAUCAUCUUAGUAUCAUCUGGCUUUGCGAUUAUCCCGGCUGUAAUGAAAGUACACAACCUCAACCCUUGGUUCCACUUAGCACUAGUUGUUUUAGUCAGUGCUUGUCCAUGUGGUCUUAUCCUCUCUACACCAGUUGCUACUUUCUGUGCGCUUACAAAAGCGGCUACUUCAGGGCUUCUAAUCAAAAGUGCUGAUUAUCUCGACACUCUCUCAAAGAUAAAGAUCACUGCAUUCGACAAAACCGGGACUAUUACAAGAGGAGAGUUCAUUGUCAUUGAGUUCAGAUCACUCUCUAGAGAUAUAAGCCUACACAACUUGCUUUACUGGGUAUCAAGUGUUGAAAGCAAAUCAAGCCAUCCAAUGGCAGCAACGAUAGUGGAAUAUGCUAAAUCUGUAAAUGUUGAGCCUAGGACUGAAGAAGUUGAGGGUUACCAGAACUUUCCAGGUGAAGGAAUCUAUGGGAAGAUUGAUGGGAACGAUAUCUACAUUGGGAACAAAAGGAUUGGUUCGCGAGCUAGGUGUUCAACAGUUCCAGAGAUUGAGGUGGAUACAAAAGGAGGAAAGACUGUUGGAUACAUCUAUGUAGGUGAAAGACUAGCUGGAGUUUUCAAUCUCUCUGAUGCAUGUAGAUCAGGUGUAGCUCAAGCAAUGAAGGAACUGAAAGACCUUGGAAUCAAAACCGCCAUGCUAACGGGAGAUAAUCAAGAUGCAGCAAUGCAUGCUCAAGAACAGUUGGGAAAUGCUAUGGAUGUUGUGCAUGGAGAGCUUCUACCAGAAGACAAAUCCAAAAUCAUACUAGAGUUUAAGAAAGAAGGACCAACAGCAAUGGUAGGAGACGGUGUGAAUGAUGCACCAGCUUUAGCCACAGCUGAUGUUGGUAUCUCCAUGGGGAUAUCUGGCUCUGCUCUUGCAACACAGACUGGUCAUAUCAUUUUGAUGUCUAAUGAUAUCAGAAGGAUACCACAGGCCAUAAGGUUAGCCAGAAGAGCUCGCCGCAAAGUCUUCGAAAACUUGUUCAUAUCAAUCAGUUUGAAAGUGGGAAUACUGAUCUUGGCAUUUGCUGGUCAUCCUUUGAUUUGGGCUGCGGUGCUGGCUGAUGUUGGGACUUGUCUGCUAGUGAUUCUCAACAGCAUGCUGUUGCUGCGAGAGAAGGACAAAACCAAGAACAAAAAGUGUUACAGGGCUUCCACAACUGUGUUGAAUGGUAAGAAACUUGAAGGGGAUGCAGAGGAAGAGCUGGACUUAGAAGCAGGUUUGUUAACAAAGAGUGGUCAAUGCAACACAGGAUGUUGUGGUGAUAAGAAAAAGCAAGAGAAGGUGAAGCCAAAUAGUAAAUCCAGUUCUGAACAUAGGCACUCUGGUUGUUGUGGUGAUAGGAAAAAGCAAGAGAAGGUGAAGCCAAAUAGUAAAUCAAGUUCUGAACAUAGACACUCUGGCUGUUGUGGUGAUAGGCAGCAGCAAGAUAAUGAUGUAGUAAAGAUGCUUGUGAAAGAGAGCUGUUGCGGUGAGAAAAGCAAGAUACCAGAUAUGUCUAACCAUGUAAACAAAGACCUGAAAAUAAAAGGUGGUUCAGGUUGUUGUGAUAAGAAGAAAGAGAAGCUGAAGGAAACAGUGGCAAAGAGCUGUUGUGAGGAGAAGGAGAAAAAUGUUGAGAUGCAGAUUCUUGGCCAAGAGCUAAUUGAUUUGGAGAAAGGUCUGGCUGGUGAAACCUGCAAAUCAAGCUGCUGUGGAACUAAAGAGAAGGCUAGGGAAACUUCCGAAGCUGCAUACGAAGUGGACUGCAACUCAGGAAGCUGCAGGAAAAACGAGGCAGUGAAACAAAUCUGCCAUGAGAAGACAUGUCUAGACAUUGAAACUGGUGAAUCAAAGUUGGUUUGUUGUGGAGACACAGUGGGAGUGCAAUCUGAUCUUGAGGAAAAGAACGAAAUACAAUGCAAGUCUGGUUGCUGCGGUGACGAAAGAAAACAAACCGAGGAGAUAACUCUGGCUUCGGAGGAAGAGACAGAGAGUCUGGAUUUCUCCCCAGGAUGCUGCGAGAACAAGGAGGAGAGCUGCCAUGAGAAGGCAUGUCUGGGCAUUGAUGAAGCUGGUGUAAGUUGUGAUCUCAAGUUGGCUUGUUGUGAAACCACAGAAGGGGGAGGGAAAGAGAAACUUGAUCUUGAGAAAGGCUUGCAGAUAAACAAGGAAGGACAAUGCAAGUCUGAUUGCUGUGAAACCGGGGAAAUAACUCUAGCCUCAGGAUGCUGUGGAACAGGUUUGAAGGAAGAAGGGUCUACUAGUUUGGUGGGGAAAGAGAGAGAGAUAGUGAAACUUCUUAGCCAAAGCAGCUGCUGCACAAGUCCGAUGUUAUCUGAGUUGCAAGUGAAGAAGAAGAUAGAGAUUUGUUGCAAAGUAAAGACUCCAGAGGCUGCUUGUGGAUAUAAUAAGUGCAAGGAAAGAGAGAAGCGUCACAUUGGUAAAAGUUGUUGCAGGAGUUAUGCCAAGGAAUAUUGCAGUCACAGGCAUCACCAUCACCACCAUCAUCACCAUGUUGGUGCUGUUUAACGGAGAGAUUGUGACUGAAUGUCCUUUUUGCAUCUCGACGCAUCCAUCUAUUCACAAUAACCUUUGUUUUAGUGUUUCCAACAAAGGCUAUGUAUGGUUCAUCAAGAACAGUGUUAGUGAUCCUUUUAUGUUUGCAUGAAGUAUAUCUCGUUUUUUUUUGUUACUCGGUUCUUUGAAAUCUUUGGAUAAAACAAGUUGGAAAUUUUAUCUUA